AUGUGGUGUUCCAAGAUAAGGCAAGCACUUACUAAUUCGAGUCCAGAAGCAGGAAAUGUGAUACAUCCAUUUCCUUUCAGGCAAACAACACAGUUCCGUGGCAGCACAAAAGCUGUGCUUCUAGUGCAAAAAAUCCAAAAUUCAGAAAACUAUUGCUCCUCUGUGGACGUGCCAUUCUGUGCUUGCAAUUUGGAUGUUAUGGAUAGGAACAAUACUUUUACUCCAAUCACAUGGCCACCAAAGUUUUGGGAGCAGAUAACAAUAGCCUUCACAGUGUCCAUGGUGAUUGGACUGGUGAUUGGAGGGAUCAUCUGGGCAUUUUUCACCUGCUUGUCCCGUCGCAGAGCUAGUGCCCACAUUUCCCAGGGGAGCCCUUCAUCCUUCAGCCGUCGGUCCAGACCUCCCUCCCAUGGCCACACUGCCAGCAGGACUGGAUUUUACCGCAACAGCAGCUGUGAACGUCGGAGCAACCUCAGCCUGGCCAGCCUCACAUUCCAGCGGCAAGCCUCCUUGGAGCAGGCCAACUCUUUCCCCAGGAAGUCAAGCUUCCGUGCAUCCACCUUCCACCCUUUUCUGCAGUGUCCUCCCCUGCCCGUGGAGAUGAACAGUCAGCUGAUCACCCUCACUCCCACAAAUACCACCACAACCCUUGUGGGAAGCACCACCAACAGCUUGAGUCAACCUGAAUUCCACUGGUCCAACAACAACCUCCGCAUCUGCCACUCCACACAAACCCCACCUCCCGCCUAUGAAACCAUCAUAAAAGCUUUCCCAGAAUCCUGAGCUUCGUCCUCGCUGCAAACACACAUGGGCAUCUUAGAAGGAACCUCAAUUAUCUCAACAAUUUUCUGUGCAUGAUGAAGAUCUCUGAGAAGUCGCCAGCUGCAGUUGCAGUUGCUUACUUUGCCAAGAGGCAUAUAGAAGUGAUUUCAUGGAGCCCAACAUCCCACUAUCUGAGAGAUCACUUGUCUUUGCACUGCUAGCUUUUAUUUACUGCUCUGCUGUAUGCUUGCAUAUUUAUAGUGUUGUAUCUUUAAUUGCAGCCGUUGUCUCUUUAUUUUAGAGGGAAAAAUGCUGCCACAUAAAAACUACAUAAUUUCUUGAAGAAACAGAUAAUACUAGAAAUUACUGAUAUACACAGCACAUCAAUGCAAAUUUCACUUUUCUUUUUUUUUUUUUUAAGAAGUUUUGAUUUUACAUGUUUUUGUUACAUUUUCAGAGAGCACCUCCUGUUACCCACCUUCUUGCUAUAACACCAGAAGAGCUUCAGUCUGAGGAACUUUAGAUGCAGACCUUUUAGAGGAUGCAGUCCUGGCUGCUGUAGACCUCCUGUUCUGUUGAUUGCAAAGAUCUGAUCAGAAGAGACUCCAUAUUAAGGAUGCUUGUUUAAAAUUCCCCACAGUGUGAGGAAGAAAAAAAUGUGAAGUAUAUAUCGCUUCAUGCACAAAGAAGUUUUGAACAACAUACUAAAUGCAUGAUAACAAUUAUAAAGAAUUUUCUGCCUGCAACCAGCAGAACAGUGUGCAGCACAUCUGGAGAGAUGUAUGUCAGUGAUAGAAGAACAACGAUUUACAGAGUUUACAGAGCAUUUCACUGCAGACACUAUGGGUUCUAGCACACCCAGAACUUGCUAACAAGAUUAUAACACUGCAUUUGGCUGAUUGUAGGCUACAGACUUAAAAUAGCAGAAGAAAGAAAG